UCCCAUCGCGACACUGGCCCCGCCCCCUGCACUACGUCGCAUCUCCCCGUUGUUAUUGAUGCUGCUGCUGCGGCUGCCAUCGUCGUCGUUGUGGUCGGGGGACGCUCCGGGCAACGCGGCGCUUCACUGCGAUCGGUUCCUCCACCAUGGACAGCAAACACCACCAGCAGCAGCAGCAGCAUGAACCACGCCUCGGCCACCCACCCCCGGGCGACGCGUCCACGCCGUCUCCGCAGCAGCCGCCUCAGCGCCUGGACCGCGGCGCUCGUCAGGCGUUCCGCAACGCGGGCGCCUUCGUGUUCGUGGGGCUUGCGGGCGCCGCGGCCGCCUCGGUGUGCCUGGUGCUCGAGGCGUUCCUCCGCCCGUUGCUGUGGGCCGCGCUCUGCGGCGCCUUCCUGCACCCGUGCAAGCGCGCUCUGGCCGGCGGGGUGCGCUCCUGGCUGGCGGGGCUCCGCGAGGCUCCGGCGGGGGUCGACGGCGGCGGCGGCGGCGGCGUGGGGGGUCCGCGGCGUCCCCUCGUCCUCGCCGCCCUCGCGCUGCCCCCGACCCUGGUGGCUCGCGCCGCGGGUCACGUCGCCCAGCGCCUCCGCCGAGCCGCGCUCACGUUGAUGCCGGACCCCGCUGCCCCGGCCUCCUCCUCAUCGUCGUCGCCGCGAGCAGGGCGCGGCACGGCGGCCCUGCUCGCGGGCGUCGCCGUGGCGCUGCUGGUGGGGGUCGCGGGGAGCGGGGCCGGGCCGCGCGCCUGGCUGGUCGGGGCGGUCGAGGCGGCGUGCGGCCUCGGGGACGCGGCCGUGGCGAGAUUCGCGUCGCCCUGGGUCUGGACGGUGGUGUGCGGGUACCUGCUGGUGGUGCUGCUGUGGUGGAGUCCUCAGACGCAGCAGGCCCUGGGAACGCUCUCUGGCCUGGUGUGGGUCGUGCUCCUGCUGCAUCUUGUGUCCCUGACUGGUUCUUGGCGCUCCCUGGUUCUGCUGCUCCUCAUUGGCCUGGUGGUGGCCGGCUGGGUACAGGACUUGCAAAAGGGUCAUCACGAUGGCACAGGAGUAUCACUGCUUGACCGAGUGAAGGGGAUGGCCACCUCAGCCAUGGCGUUGGUUGGCUUGGGAGGCCACCAUAAGAAACCUGUGGAAACAACUGAGCCCACUCUUCAGGUUUCUGGUACAACGGAUUCUGUGGAUGGAGUACACCAACCUUCAACCGCUGCAGACCAACCUCCCGCAUCUUUGAGUGAAACCCUGCCUUCCGCACCUCAAGACCCACCUCCACCAACUGAGACCUCAUCUGUCGCUGAACAAGUCCCACCCAUACCAACCAAUGAGCAGCCUCAAUCUACCAACAUCCCACAAUCCUCUUCCCAGACUCCGCCCACCACAAACCAAGCCUCUCCCCCACCUGACCAAGCUCCACUUGCAUCGGGAAAGAAAAAGUGCCCGAUGAAUUGGGCUACGAAGAAGAAGAGUGGCAAGAGCGAUGUGUAUUUUGUGGCCCUCCUGUGGUCCAUAGUGGGCGUGCAGGCAUGGCUCAACCUCUGGUUACUGCAACUUCUUCCCAUCCCUGUCUUACUGUGGGUGCUCAAGAAGGUGGUGGUGUCGUUUGGAGUUUGGAACUUCGUGGUGUCGCAUGUGUCGCGGUGGUGGCAGUUCCUGUCGUGCCACCUGCGGGAGAGGCAGGAGGCCCUGCUCCCCAGACCCGUGCGGGCCCUGUGUCGUGUAAUACUUGACAUCGACCGUAAGCUCUGGCACUACGGGAAUGACAAGCUGCAAGAGUGGCUGGAAAGCUCAGUGGACACCCUGAUCAGCGUGCUUAUUGUGCUGGUGCUGGUGCUGGGCGCGCUGCUGCUGGGAGUCUUUCUCACGGUCAAGGUGCACCAGGAGAGUGUGCACGUCAUCACCGUGACGCACAGCUUCGUCAACGAGACGCUCGUCAGCAACCCCGAGUGGGCCAAUUGGCUCCCGGAGGCAGUAGGAAUGCAGAAGGCUGUUGAUUCAGCUGCCAAUAAUGUCUACCAGUAUGGCCGAGAGUGGAUUACCAGCAAGUUGCAAAAGAUGCUGGGUGGUAAAGUGAGCAACACGACACAUAUUGAGAACCAGGUGCUCGAGCUCUGGGACCGCCUCUACCACUCCUGGUUUGUCAAUAAUGCAACUUUGAACGCGAUCCAGAGAGGGCGUGCCCCAAAGCAGGUCUCGGUGCGGUCAGGCUGGGUCAUCGGCGACAUGCAGGACUGGCAGGCGGCGGCCUCCUUUGUACACGAGAACAUCGAGACCUUCCUGUCGAUCCUGGAGUCCUUGUGGGUCGUCAUGAGCCACAACGUGAACUUGCUGGUCAACUCUGCCUCCACACUCCUCGCGCUACUCUUUUACGGAGGCACCGCCAUCCUCAACUUCGUGCUGUCUCUGGUUAUAUUCCUCACCACACUCUUCUACCUGCUGAGCUCCAGCGACCAGUACUACAAGCCUGUCAAGUGGAUCCUCUCCCUCACCCCCCUCUCACAGAGUGGCUCCUCCAGCCAGUUCACGGGCCACAUUGUGGAAGAUGCCAUUGGCGGGGUGUUUGGAGCGUCUGUGAAGAUGGCAUCUUUUUACGGACUCUACACCUGGCUGACACACACCUUGUUUGGAAUUAAUGUUGUAUACAUCCCAGCAGCGCUGGCUGCUACCUUGGGUGCGGUGCCCUUCCUGGGCACGUACUGGGCAGCGUUGCCCGCCGUGCUGGAGUUGUGGCUGGUGCAGGGUGAGCGUGGCCUAGCCUUGCUGCUCUUCAUUUUCCACCUUCUGCCCUCCUCUUGCGUGGACACCGCCAUCUACUCCGAGAUGUCGGGUGGAGGCCACCCAUACCUGACGGGGCUGGCGGUCGCUGGUGGCGUGUACUACGGCGGCCUUGAGGGCGCCAUCAUCGGGCCCAUUCUGCUCUGCACACUACUUGUCGCCUUCAACAUCUACAGCUCCAUGCUCUCCAGCCCCAGCACUCCCACCACCCCGCUCGCCACUCCCUUCGAGCAUGCAGCCGACUUCUUGCCCAAAGAGGUACCCAAUGAAGGCACCCACCAGCAGUGAACCUUAUGGUGUCAUCUUCACAUACUGUUCUGCAAGUUACAAAGAGACCAAAGCUGUCAAAACAAUAACAGGUUGGCUUCCAUUUUCACAGUUGUAAGCAAAUGGUUACCGUAUAUGCCUACAUAUAUAAAAGGCUCCUUGCACUUUAUGCAUGUAUAUAAAGUCACUAAAUGUAAAUGCUCUGACACAUCAGAGUAUAAAAGUGGUUUGGUCAUAGACCCCUUAUACCCUAGCACCCCAUAUUCGCAAAGAGUAGUUGGUUAGUUCUCUCGCUGGUGCUGCCAUCAUGUGAUAUGUACAUACACAUGCUUGAGGUAUUAUCUAGCUUCCAUUUUCUUGCAGGGGUAGUUAGGAGUUAAACCCUAAAAUGCCCCUCGGGGUAUAUAUUUGGAGAAAAAUGUAAAAUGGACUGGAGUGAUUUGCAUGUUAGAAUCUAUUGUUUGGCAAGUUCAAGACAUUAAUAGAAUUUGCAUAACUAGGCCAUGCAUUAUAAAUUGUUUAUAUGGAUUCUUUUAUUCGAAAAUGUAUAAAUAUAUUUAAUUUACCUUUAGUGUUCAGUUAUCUAUAUAUUUACACUAAUUUUAUAUAUGUAAGUGUUGCGUGCAUUUGUCAAAUACUGCUUUGUUCAAGGCAUUAGGUAUCUUGUACAUUGAUUUAAUUAUUUAUUCUGAUACGGCUUUUCUAUUUUAAUCUUAAGGUCAGGACACCAGUCCAGCAAGGCAAUUUGUGUGUGCACUAAUGGAUGUACUCUUUAAUGUGCAUGGUGUGUGUGCAAUUGAGUGUUACGAUUUGUUAUUUCUGGCCACUUUAUGGCUGGCCUCCACUAUAUUUCUACUGUUAUAUGCAAUCAUCUCUAAAAUGAAUACAAAUCGAUUAAUACGGUCAUUGAAACAAGUAAUUUGACGCUCUAAAAUGAUGGGGUAAAUGCACAUCGUUCGUGUGGGUUGCAAUUCUAACUAUCUUGCAAAGAAGUGUAAUAAUUAACAUAAUUAAGUCAUUUUCCAAUUAAACUUGUAUCGAGGAAAGUCCCUGGAAAAUGUGUUAAAAGAAAAUAAAAUUAGGCAUAUUUUACUCUCUUGUUUGUACAACGGAAAAUACAAGCCAAAUCCUUGGCAUAUCCGGGUUUGUACUGUGUAUUAAUAUGCAAGCUGUUCAAAGCAAUUAAGUAUCACACACAUGAACAAGUGUGUAUUUUCUGAAAACACAAUAUCGCAUCUUCUCAGUUGUAAGCCUGCUAAUGUUUUUUUGUUCUGGAACCAUGCUGGUCACACUGCCAAAUUUUGGUCAAAUCGGCAGUGAGUUAUUCAGUUAAGACACAAUUGAGGCAGAAAAAUAGUUGAACACAACCAGCGGAUCUGUUUAUUAAUGGUCAUUUAUAUAUAUACAAACAUGAACGAAUGUUGUCAGCAGGACUGCAAAGUAAUUGCAUGUCUGUGUCAUGACAGAAUCCUACCAUGUGGUAUGUUUUUUUGCACUGAGCUGUUAGCUAUGCUGUAUAACAACAUUAUUGUGAAUUAUUCCUUCAGUUGCCUUUGGAGGAGAAAUAUUUUACUUCGGUUACAUAGUUUCAGACGUUUUAUCUUUUAACAGUGUUCAUGCAGAUGCUUUUACAGAAAUGGAAGCAUGGAGUUGAUCGCGUUAAAAUAUAUAAAUUCAACAAUGUUAGGCAAUGUUUUCAUGUUGACAUGUGCAUUAUGAUAAACAUGAUUAAUAUGAAUGUUGUGAGUAAACGAUGAGUUGGUCGCCUUUGCUGUUUGCCAUUGUAUAUAAAAACAAAUAUAUCACGAUACCUUUCACGGCAACAGGCUGGUUUGUGGCAAAAUUAAACGUGUGUGCCUGCAUCGUGGCUGGGAUUUCCACCUCUUGAGAUGCAGAAAAAAUGUGGGACGUGUGGGAAGAAUAGAUCAUAAUUCUCGAAGGGAGGGAAAACUACAUGCAAAUGCAUUGUCUUGAGCAGUGUAUUAUUAUGCAACUUAGAAAAACCGGCCGUUUAAUUUACACGGGAAGACACGUGGCAACCCUAACCAUGGCGAAAUUAAACCUCUUCAAAGGAGUCCAUUACAUCUUCUGCAGUUUGGGAAAAUAUCAGACUUUAUUUCGACUGGAGGAAUCUGAUUAGCUAUGUCACUCUUUUUCACGGAUGUCCGCUUGAAAAUGUAAUUGGCGUUGCACUGUGAAAGCCACGUUAUCAACUGCCUUCGAUUUGCACUCUCGCAGCCAUGGAAGUAGUGGUAGUUUCGAUGCAGCAAAUACCCUUCAAAGGUGAAUCUUUGGGCAGCACAAUAAUAAUUAACCCAUAUACACUGUAUAACAUGGAUUACUCCACAAUAUACUCCCCACACACGAUAGUGUGAACCGUGUAUUCUCAAUAUGCUGUGGGGAUGAUCCAUUUUUUACAAGGUGGGACUUUAGUCACGAGCCUUAAAAGUAUUCUGCAAGUCUCUGCCUCUUGCCUUACACUGUAUUUUGCCAUAAAAUAAAGCUUUCGCGAGCACUCUAAAUCA